CCUGUAAUCUGAACUGGCAGCAUCAGGUUGCAUCUUUCUACCUAUUGGCAUGUGUGAUACUUUAUCUCUAGACUGUUCAUGAAUCAUUCAGCAUGGCAGGGAGAGAGAUUCCUGUAUCCCUUUGAACUGUCUCUGAGCCCUGGACAGCAAACUGACAUGAUGUGCUCGUUCUGGGUUUGCCUCUGCUGGCCUACCCUACUUUGCUGGUUCUUUGCCCCAAGACUGAGCACUGCUGUUGAAUCAAACAUAACUCUAAGAGUUCCUGAGAGAUCUUCCUGCAAACCAGGUUUUUACUGCCCAGAGGGAGGUGAGGGUCCAGUUCCAUGUCUCAGAGGAACAUUUGGACCAAGUUUUUGGGCCCAUUCUGUGAAUGACUGCAUCAGCUGCCCGCCACAUCACUAUGGACCUAGAGAAGGCUUGAGGAAUUGCCUGCCCUGUGGGCCCUGGUCACAGCAGCCUCUGCCUGGACAGGACAGCUGUACAUGUCUGCGAGAGGGUCAAGUCUUCCAGGCCAGUGACGGACAGUGUCCAUGUACUUUAGGAUACACACAGAAAGGAGAAGCCUGUGUGUUGAAGGUCUAUGAGAUCUGCAAGGAUGGAAGAGCACGAAACCAGCAUGGAGAAUGUCUGGACCACAAGCAAUGGAAGCAGUAUUGCUCCCAGCAGGUGUGUCCAUCUCCUGAGCUGUAUGAAGGCUAUGAUGGUUCCCUGGGCCUGUGUGCUUGCAGAGGGCUGUCCAGGCCUGAGCCAGAC